AUUGCUUAAAUGUUCCUCCAUCUAUCCACCCAUCCAUUCAUCCAUCCAUCUCAAACUGAAAUAGAAAACUAUCAAAAUAACAAAACAAAAUAAACAGAACCAAACCAUAAAAUGAAUAAAACAAAAGAUAAAUGAAAACUUUAUUUAAAAUCAACAAAACACAAUAUUAAAUGAUACAAAUAUAUAAUAUAAAUGAAAUCAAGCAACAACAAAUACAAAAUAAUAACAAAAGAAACAAAAAGGAGUCUUGAAAAAAAAAUGUCUACAUUGGCCAGAGUAAAUUUACAGUAAAAAAAACAAACAAAAAGGCCACGACACAGAAUAAAUAUAUGGUUGUACUCAAAUGUGUGCUUGUUCUGUAGAUGGAUUGAAAGAUCGACAGACAGAUAGACAGCUGCAUUGAUACAGUAGAUAAAAUAAUGAUUUGUAAUUGUUAAAUGAAUGCAAAUUCCAUGCAUCCAUUCUCUGUACCGCUUAUCCUCACAGUUUAGGGACACGGGUGUGCUGGAGCCCAUCCCAGCUGACUUUGGGCACCCUGAACUGGUCGCCAGCCGAUCGCAGGGCACAUAUACUGUAUACUGUAGACAAACAACCCCUCGCACUCACAUUCACACCUACAGACAAUUUAGAGUCUUCAAUUAACCUCCUAUGCAUGUUUUUGGACUGUGGGAGGAAAGCGGAGUACAGGCACGGGGAGAACAUGCAAAGCCUGCACAGGAAGGCCAGAGCCCGGAUUCAAACCCACGACCUCUGAACUUUAAGGCGGAUUUCCUGACCAGUUGUCCACCGUUCCGCCCUGAAUACAAAUUAAGAGACGCCAUGAAGGUGACGGGAAUCAUUUUGUGUGGCUUCUUCACAACCUGCGUGUGUGCGUCUGCGGUGACAGACGUGGUUCUGUCCUGCGAGUUCGUGGAGGACUCGGUCGGACUGCACGCCUUCACCAGAACUCCGGCCACUUUCAUCUUGAGAGAAGUCAGCAUUGUUUCCGAUGAAAGCCAAGAAGCCCUGACUCCAUUCGUCCCGCCGCCCAACCUGGAUCCACGUGCCAUUAUGUUCGAGUCCAAAGCGUCAUCCUUCGAGAUUCCCAAUGCAGAUGUUCUGCUACAUGCGCACUGCAACGAGCAGGAGGUGAUGUGCGAAAUAAGCAGCUACGCUCCCCACGGCUUGAAGGAAAGGUUUGGAUCAGACCAUUUCCUGGUGUCCAUCAAUGUGGAGGGUGGUGCUUUCGGCACUUUGUUGAUCAUGCGUGCCGUGCAACCGGUGAACGACCAUUCGGGCCUGAUGCAUGAUGUGCUGGGACUGCCUCUGACCCGUGAUGGAACACUGCUGACUGAGGUGUCCUUUCUGGUGUUUUCCACUUUCAAGUCUCUAACUGCACCACUGAGAGGCGUCUGCUUCCUCAAUUGCGGCUUCAAGCAUCAGGACGUGUCGCCCGAUGAGGAAGUGCACAUCGAGUGGCACCAGCAGAAUCGGGGACAAGGAAAGAAAGUCGUCAAGAUGGUGACGAGGCUGAACAAUCCGGAAGGGAGCGCGGUGUUCCAUCACGGGAGCGGGCAGUUGAGCAUGAAUGCCACCCAAGUUGUGAGCGAGGGGAACGCCUCUGUGACCCUGAACAACUUGAAGGUUACGGAUGAGGGCGCCUACAUCUGCUCCGUCACUGUCGGGCCUUUCCAGGGUCAGCAGGUGGUUCAUCUCCAUGUGGUUCAACCACCAAGUGUUUCACUCUCGGAGAAGAAGCUAGUUUUGAAGGGAAAUGCAGCGCAGACUCUGAGCUGCCAUUGUAAUAAAUACUACCCUCUGGCGGCUCAGGUGGAGUGGCUGUCACACGUGCCGACGGACGAGGAGCCAGCCGUCUUCCCCGAUCAGGGCUCACUGUCCAGCCACCGCAAGGAAGGCGACGGCACGUACUCGCUCUCGUCCCACCUCGUCGUGCCCCCCAGUGUCGCUCCGGGAACCCGAAUCACCUGCAGGGUGUCCCACCCAGCUCUAGACACUCCUGUCUCUGUCAGUGUGCUGGUAGAACACCUGGAACCAGAUGACUACUGGUGGGUGUUGUCAAUCCUGGGCAUCACUGUGGUGUUCUUCUACCAGCUCAUCAGAUAGACACUAUUUAUUUAUUUCUGCUUUGAAUAAAAGGGGGUUCUUU